CUUAGCCAUGUGGCUCUACCUGCUCGCCCUGUUGGGGCUUUACUUCCUUCGCCGAUGGUACCGGGAGAGACAGACUGUGGAGUACCUGACAGAGAAACAUGUCUUCAUCACUGGCUGUGACUCUGGCUUUGGGAGAGCGCUUGCCAGGCAGCUGGAUGCCCGGGGUAUGCGGGUGCUGGCCGCCUGUCUCACCCAGAAGGGGGCAGAGGAGCUUCAGAAGGCCACCUCGGGGCGACUCAAAACCACCAUUUUGGAUGUCACCAGCACAGAGAGUGUUGCCGCAGCAACAGAGUGGGUGAAAGGAUGUGUUGGAAGCAAAGGUCUUUGGGGAUUGGUCAACAAUGCUGGUGUAAUAAAUGGUCCAAUUCCCAAUGCAUGGCUGACCAAGGAGGACUUUGCAAAUGUGAUAAAUAUCAACCUCUUGGGGAUGAUCGAUGUAACACUGCACAUGCUGCCCCUGGUGAGAAGAGCCAGAGGGAGGGUGGUCAACAUGGCCAGUAUGGCAGGAAGAGUGGCUGUCUACGGAGGAGGUUAUUCCCUAUCUAAGUAUGGUGUGGAGGCCUUCUCUGACACCCUGAGACGUGACCUCAUUCCCUUUGGAGUCCAAGUCAGCAUUAUUGAGCCUGGUGGCUUUGCUACACCCCUAGUCAAUACAUCUAGUGAGAGUCUCAAAGCUGCAUGGAGCCGGGCACCUCCUGAUGCCAGAGAAGCCUAUGGACAGCUGUACUUCGAAGAAAUUUACAGAUUACUCCAGAAACUCCAUCCACUAUGCUCCACCAACCUCUGCCUUGUGACUGACCAAAUAGAGCAUGCCCUGACUUCCUGCCACCCUCGCACUCGUUACUCUGCAGGCUGGGAUGCAAAGCUUUUCUACCUCCCCGUCUCUUACCUGCCAAGCUUUCUGGUAGACUAUAUGUGGAGCCAUAUUUUCCCAAGGCCAGCACAGGCAGUGUAGACCAUUCCUCUGAAACAGCACCACGAUUGUCCAAAGAAGCCAACAAUCUACAUGGAUGCAGAAAAACCUCCCAUUGCAGUUUGUCAUGCUUUUAUGAAAUGUGGACUUAAGGUCAUCAAGCACCUCUAAGGAAAGCUGGAUUAUUUUUCCUUGAAUCAGCCCUAUUGGAUCACAGUUUCAGCUUCUGUUUUGUAAUGACUUCCCUGGGCAAGACCCAUUGGACUCAAUAAGAGGGAUUCCUAGGUAAUAAUGUACAGAUUUAUACUGGCAGUCAAACUUCUGCCCUUUUUGCCACUUAUGUGCUGCAGGAGGGAUUCAACGGAUCAGGAACUGAAGGAGGUACUGUCAGAUCCUGAUAAGGAUGCCUUACUCUCAGGAAUCCUACAAAAAUUUAUGAAGCUCUCAGGCAAAUUACAGAAGCCUAUGAUUCAUCAUAGCUGACAUUAUCCCAGUAAAGGAUUUGGUGUUUGGGAGAGAGAG